AGAAAUGAGGAACUGGGUUUUGAUUGCGGCCCUGGCCGUGAUCUGCCUGGCGACUGAGCAGGAGCUCAGUCACAAGGACAGAAUACGCGCGGUUUUGAGAUCAUGGAGUCCGGCAUCGCAGAAGCAGUUUUUCGAGCCAGUCAGAGAGCAAAAGUACAGGACUAUGGAAGAAAGGUUGGACACCCAUCAUAUUUCCAAAAGAUCCAUUGCUGAACCACACGUUUUGGCUGGAAUGGCUACUCGAGGAUGCAACAAGCCAGGGUACACCGGUGAAACUUGCCAAUAUCCCCUCUGUUCUGCUCGCAACCCGUACAUUCCGAACAACGACGGAUUUGAUGACAUUGCAAUUGAUGCUUACAAUCUGGCUAAUUGCUCUGAAUCAUACAUCGUCGUCGUUGACGAGACGAUGCGGAAUAUCAAAAUUGAAGUCGAGACGGCGUCAGCAUUGAACCCAACAUUCUAUCUUCAAGCUGAAAAUGGAGAUCUCAUAUUCCCAGACGAAUCCAUUCAACUUCCAACAAUGUUCACUGCAAAUUAUUUGCAUCUGCCUCCCGGACAAUAUAUGCUUGGACCACGAGCCGACACCAGCGAGCAGUUUUGUACAAUGAUGAUGUCAUCCCGCAGUAGCAUUCAUGUUUCCGGUGGAUUCACUUCAGGAGAUCAAGCCGAGCGUAGUGACUAUCCAAAUCUCAAGUUUACAUAUUUCGAUACUGAGUCGGUUGUUGCAAUUCAUGCUCAAGGUUUGGACUUUCCUGGUCAAAUCCAAGCAAUUGGAUUUACCGGUGCCGAGAACCACAUCUCAAGAUACAUUCCAAUGACAACCCGUUUCAACUGUACUUAUCCAUACAUCUUGGAGAGAUACACUUGCAGAAAAACCAGCAAUAACGAUGCUGGACACAAUCUCAUUCAAGUGGAGGGUGUGACUAACUCUGGCUACAAGUUCCGUCGUAUUGUUCCUUACCAAUGCGUCUUACCACCAGUAACAACUACUACCCCCGCUGUCCCGACAACACCUGCAGCACCGAUAACUUCUUGUCAAAACGGAGGGCAGUUGCUUACUGACUCUAAUGGAGUUGCAUAUUGUUAUUGCUUUGGACUUUACUCUGGAAGUACUUGCUCGCAAAUGCUCUGUGCUAACGGAGGUUUCUUGCCGACUCCAACCAGUGACCGUUGUCAAUGCCCAGAAGGAUUCAGUGGCUUCCAUUGCCAGAAUAUCUUGUGUACCGACAUGUCAGGCUUUGACUUCAACGCUGAAAACCCAACUCUCACCCUUGUCAUCCGAUCAAGAAGCCAGCUCUCUGCAGUUAUUGAACAAGCAACUGAGUCUGUUCAAAGUAUUGUUGAUCUUCUCGCUAGUGAACCUGGAUAUCUAUCAAAGUUCAUUGUUGUUCUUUUUGAUAACGGAAAGCUCUUGGUGAACAGACAAUAUGAUUCAUGGGACGCUGCAAUGGUCGAUCUUACAAAAGCUAUCCAUUCCGCUCCAAGCGAAGGAGGAUGUGAUGAUGUUGUCAUGUCUGCUGUUGCAUCUGCACUUUCUCUCUAUCCAACAAACAAAUCCCCGAUCUAUGUGAUUACGGACGCCACUCCAAAUGAUAGUGCUGAGAAGGAAACUGUGUUCCAUCUGGAAUCUUAUUGGAGAGCACCGAUCUACUUCAUUUACGUUCAACCAUCUCCAGCCGAUGGAUGUAACUCAUCUCCAGAUAACUCUGCAUAUAGAGAUAUGGUGGACAUGGCUGCUCGUUCAAGUGGUAACACUUUCUAUUUCAGCGACAGAAGCACUAUUUCGACCUUCUUCUACCGACACAUGCUUAACACCUUGUUCCGAUCCCAACUUGUUCUUUCCGGAGAUUACUCACACUGCUCCAGCCAGAAUCUGUACAAGUCAGCUGCCUUUGAUCUUAGCGUUGACUACGUUACAAUUGUAGCCACUGGAACAAAUUUGACUCUAGUUGUGACAAGCCCAACAGGACAGUAUCCAACUUUCAACACCGCCUUUUCUGAUGGUGUGAACUAUGUUUGGACGUAUAACUCGCCAGUUGCUGGUCAAUGGUUCUUCUCUAUCAGAUCACUUGAACCAGAAGCAGCUUGCACGUUUAAGGUUUAUCAGAAGAAGUUCAACUUUGGCGGACAAACUCAAUACAGCCCCGACUAUGAUAUUUUCUGGUCAUUCGCUUCUACUCUUACUUCGGCAGCAGGAGUUCUACGUCAGCCAGUUCUUGGAUUUGAUUCAUCUCCAGUUUUCCAUGUUACCAACUACCCUCAGUUCCUCUCAAUGGACCGUGUGCAUGCCAAUCUUCAGAUUUAUGCUAUUCGUGACGGAGUUCAAACCGAGGUUUACGGAUCAAGUGGAAUGUACAGAGAUGCCUGUGAAUUCAACUUCUACUUCCCACCAUUCACUUGCCGUGUUCCAGAAGAAGUUCUUUACUUCAAUUUCUUUGCUCGUGAUAAUAAUGACAUGGCUCUUCAACGUGCCGGAACUAUGUUCUGUGCUGCCGUUCAUCCUACCCCGCCACCAGAUCAUCAAUGCCAAAAUGGAGGAGUAAUGAACCCAUCGAACACCACUUGCUUCUGUACUCCGGAGUUCACAGGAACGUACUGUCAGAACAUUAUUUGUUACAAUGGAGGAACAGCUAGCGGAGAUCAUUGCGUCUGCCCACCUGGUUACGCUGGUGAGAGCUGUGAGAUGGCAAGAUGUAUUGAAACAGGACCAAAUCCUGAAUUCAUCCGUUAUGGAGUUGACAUGGUGUUUGCCGUUGAAAUCACUCAGAAUUCUAUUGCUUCACUUUCCAUGCUCAAUAUCAACUUCCAAGAAAUUCUCCGCGACGUUCUCAUGCAAAAUCGUGGAUGGAUUAGAAACUUUGUUCUGGUCGGUUUCAACUCUACAUGGGGAGGACCAAUUGCUGAAUCACCAGCUGAUAACCUCACUGCAAUCACCACUGCUCUUCGCACUCUUGCUUCUUCAGUUCCAGCCGAUACUGGAUGUACUGUCAAACUUUGGGAUGCUUUGAAUUAUGCCAUUUUCUCCAGACAAAUGGCACCGGGAUCUUUUGUAGAAAUCUUCCAAACCACUCCAGAAGAUGAUACUGAUACUCGUUCGCUUGGUCUUUUCUAUGAUAUGUCUAGAACAAUGGAACUGGUUCUUUACGGUUUCUUGACUUCAAAUCCACGUUUACAACCGGAAGGAUUUGUUUGCAACGCCACCGUCGAAAACUAUUAUACUCUUCUCGGAAUUGUCAGUGGAUCUACCGGAACUACUUAUAGCCUGCAAGCAAAUGAAAUUUCUAAUGCUGUCAGACUCAUUCCACUUCAGUUCUCUAACGGACAAGUCACAUUCAACGCAUUGGAUGAUUGUAGACACGACGAUGGACUUAUUACAUACUUCCCUGUUGACGCAUACACUCAAACAAUUCAAAUCCAAACAUUUGGUUAUGGAACAACUAUCCAAGUGUAUACUGGUGCUGGUGUUAUGGCAGAAGCUUUGGAACUUUUCUACGAUGACUUUACCGGUCAAAGCGUGUACGAAAUCAGAAAGGCUUGUGACGAAGGCUGGGAGCCAAUUGGACAAUACUGUAUCAAGUUUAUGGCAACUGUAGAAAACAUUCUUCCGAUGCCACAGGCUAAGGCUUUCUGUGCCUCAGCUGGUGGAUUCCUCGUGGAUGAUCUCACUGACGACAAGAAUGGCUUCUUGAAAUCAGUAGCUGCAAACACUCAAUUCUGGACCGGACUCUUCAAAAACAAUGAUGGACAAUUCUAUUGGGAUCGUGGAACAGGAAUCAACCCGGAUCUUCUCAAUCAACCAAUCACAUACUGGGCCGAUGGUGAACCAAGUGACGAUCCAACACGUCAAUGUGUAUACUUCAAUGGAAGAUCGGGCGAUGCUAACAAAGUCUGGACAACUGAUACUUGUGCAGAGCCAAGAGCAUUUGCUUGCCAAAAACAUAGAUACGAUGCCGAUCAUAGACCAAACGUUAUUGGAGACGAUGAUCUUCCUGCUGGAUGGUGGUAUGCUAAAGUAAAGUCCAAUCCUCCUUCCGGAUACCCUAACAUGUGCACCAUGAGCGUUCGCGUUCAGUCUAGCCUCCAGAUUGUGACUGGUUUCUCGACAAAAAUUGGAAACGAUUUCCCACUUCCUGAUCCAAUUCAGGAUUCUACAGAAAAUCGUCUUAUCAGUUACGUUCACUCAGUUGAUAACGAGAACCGUGUCCCAAUUCUCACUGAUGCUAUUCUGUGGGAUGCAUAUAAUGGAACGUUCUACAAUGGACUGAAAUAUCAAGUUCGUUUUGGAUGCCAAUUCGCUUGGGUGACUCAGGACUUCCCAUGUCCAAAUGGAGAUUCACAAGCAAAUGAGUUUGGAGUGCUUCAUGUCGGAGAAGAUGAGUUCGGAAACACCUUCCAACGUUUGACGUUUGGUCACUGUUCCCGUGCACAAAUCACUUGUGGAAACGGAGGAAUCAGGCAGAACGGUCAAUGUGUUUGCACCGACUACUGGACUGGAUCUCGUUGUACCGUCCCAAUUUGUGUUAAUGGUGGAACUAGAAACCCUGACGAAGCUACCUGCUCUUGUCCAGAUGGAUAUGAAGGACCAAAUUGUCAAUUUGAGGUUUGUCAACCCAACGUCCCACAAUUGUUCAGUAAUGAUAGAAAAUCAUUGCUCAUGGUCGUGGAAACAACAAGGCAAAACUCUGACACUGUCAAUCAGCUCAUUGCCAAUCUGAAGAACAUUGUUUCAGCGGUAACGAAUAAUAUGCCACUUUGGUUCACCAAUUUCGGACUUGUUACUUUUGAUACCACUGGAAGAACAUUUGAAAAAUUCGACUACACUUCCAUCGAUGAUCUUAUCACCGAUCUCACCACACAAUCUAACGCCAUUUCUACUGAUGGAGUUUGCAGUAUGCCAUAUCUCGGAGUUCUUGCGCAUCUUCUGGAACAUGAUGAUGUUAUUGCUAUGCCGAAUAGUGAAAUUUUCUUGGUCACUCCUGCUGGACCAAGUGACCUCGGAAACUAUGUUGAAACUAUGGAAGUUUUGUUUAACACUCAAGCACACUUGCACUAUGUCGUCUCCAAGACCGCAAACUGUGCAACAUUCGAUGGUGUCAAUAAUGUCAGAGACAUGACAUGGCUUGGAUACGGAUCAAGCGGAAACAUCUUGUUCACUGAUCCUGCAAACAUUGUCAACCUUUUCAAUUCUUAUCUUCCAACUCUGUACGGAGCUUCAGUUCUUCAAGAUCCUACCGGCAUCACGAACUACACCUGUUCCGAUGGAUCUCUUCCUUGGUUUGUGCCAGUUGAUAUCAACACAACAUUUAUCUACGUCACCACUUCUGCCGAGUUUGGUUCACUUUCUGUCAAGGAUCCUCUUGGAGCGGCUCACAGUGCUACCCCAGUUUACAACGUGAAUGAUCAAAAGAUCUACGCAAUUGAAGUAGACAGACUUGGAGGAAUCUGGACACUCCAACUUGUUCAGCCUCCAGGAUUGUGCCUUGCACAUGUCUAUUCAACUGGUGGAGCGAAGGUCUACACAAAGUUCUCGAUGCCAAACCCAAUCGGAGGAAAGCCUGAUCCACUUGGUUCACAUCAGGAUGGACGUUUCGUACAACCAACAGCUGGUUUUGACAAUGUCGCUGUUUUCCAUCUUGCUGGCAAUCCAUUCCACAGAGGACAAUUGCAGUAUGUAGAAAUCUUCGAUAUUGGAGCUAACUCAAUCACAAACAUUCUCCGAUCAGAGCUCUACGUUCGAGCAGGCUGCUCUUACGAGUACUACUCUGAUUUGUUCACUUGCAACGGCGACAUGAUUGCCGUCUAUGUUCAUGGAGUUGAUGAAGCAAACCAAAAGUUCAGAAGACAAGAAAUUGUCAUCUGCAAUGGACGUAGCCCAACAACCAACCAGCCAGCAACAGGAACAAUUGGCCCAAUCACCAUGCCAACUCAACAAACCGCGCUGACUCAAGGUCCAGUAACUCAGCAAACUCAAGUCCCAGGAACUCAACCAACUCAGGGACCAGUCGCCACGACCCAAAAUCCAUACACAUCCGCUCAGUUUGAUGUUGUAUUUAUGAUCGAUGGAUCACAAAGUGCACAAUCCAGCUUUGACUCGCUCACCAAAUUUGUUCAAACAUUCAUGGUUUCGUUCAAUGUUGGCCAGAGUGGAGCUCGUGUUGGAUUAAUUGUCGUCGGAGGUGAUAUCACAAACCCAAUUCCUCCUGCUGCCAAUCUGAACUCCCUCUCCUCUCAAGCAAUGUUGAACUCUAACUUGGCCCAACUCAGCGGUGGCUACACUGACUUUGAAGACGCCGGGCAAAUUCUUAACUACACUCUUCAAAUUGUGUCUUCUCCCGAUUUCAUGGCGGCGAACAAUGGUUACCGUAGUGGCAUUAGCAACCAUGUGUUGAUCUACCUUACUACAACUACUGCCUUCGACACCGAUCCAACUCCGGCAGCUCAGACAAUUCUCGCGCAGAAGCAAUACGGAAUCAUCACUAUUGGUUAUGGUGGCGCGACUGAUAACAACAAGUUGCAAACUAUUUCCGGAGGAAGUGCUUGCUCGUUUACAGCUCCAGAUUUUGCUAGUUUGAAUAACCAAAUUAAGACCAUUCAGCAACUUAUCCUCAAUGCCAACGCCAAUGGAGGUGUCUACUGUAUCAACAACUAAGGCAGUCGACCCGGAAAUCACUGAAAUAAUUUGAAUUUUAAUAAACUUAUCAUUAUUUAACAAUUUAUGUGUUGGACCGAAAAAUCAAAAUUACGAGAGAAAAAAUAUAAUACAAAAGUGAAAUGUGAUGGCAAUUCAAUAAACUUUACUAGUGGUU